AUGGCUGAACCCGUCGAGCCUCUCGUCUCCAGCCGGAUGAUGGCAAGGCUCAGGAAGGCGGCCGCUGUAGGAGUCGUGGCAAGACCACAGGAACCGGUCGCCUUGCCGCAGUUUGACUGCGACCACGAUGACGUCGACGUCCCAGGCGGCGCUGCUGUCUCUUCUGCUACCUCGUCCUGCUCGCACAGCGGCGGUGCCGUUAUAACUUCUUCAUCCUCUACACGCCUCGACUCGUCUCUCCCCCAGCUUCCCCAAUACAAGGCGUAUGCUCACGGAUACGGCGCUCGCAAGCUCUCUCGCUGCUCAGACUCUUCCUCUCAGACCAUGUCCUCCUCCAUCGGCAGGAUAGGCAUUCCUCACCGGAAGCGAUCCGGCACUACCAUCGACCUGUCUGUCUCCCUCAGCGAGAACAACGGCCUGGGAAUAUACAACAGUCUCGGUGGAAGAGACCGCGGCAAUGACGAUGGCUCCACCACUGGCUCUCUCAGUGGUGCCCGCCAUUACCGUUCCACCAGCGGUGCGUCUCAGCUCUCGUUUGGAAGCCUUCCUCGGCCUGGUGGCCAGUAUGUCCACCCCAUGCGCCAGACUCCCCGCCCUUAUACGCCACCGCUGGGCCAGUCAAACCAGAUCUCCGCCACUGCCAGUACUGAUUCGCACCUCGACGGCAUACAACGCGUGACGGACUUUGACGACCCCGUUCCCACUAGCCAGGAACUCUUCCCUGGCUCUCCUUCCCCCAGCAUCUACAACGAACCUCGGACUUCGGUUCAAAUAGAAAGUGAGACCACCACUUACCCUCCGACAAAAACUCGCACUACCUCUCUCGGUCGUGUCUUCAACAGCAACAGCAACAACAGCCCAUCUCCUCGGGACACCGCUCCUCUCUCCAGAAACUCUCUAGAAUUCGGGCUGCGGUCGAAAUCCCGCCGUCCUAGCACCGUAGAUCCUGCUGCCCGCGCCAUAGCCGUGCAGGCUGCUCGUCAGGCUUUCGAAGACCGAGAGGCUGCCAAAAAUAGGAAGCGUGAUGAACAGGUUUCCAAAGCCCUCGACAAGGAGCAGCGCCGUCUCCGCCGGCUGGAGCGUGAAAACUCGUAUAACAGCUACACGGGCGGGAGACAGUCCAUCUCCGACUUUACCUUGCGACGGCCUUCAAAGCUGAGUGAGAAGGACAGUCGCAGGAAGAACUCGGCUUCUUCGUUUGCCGAUGAUACCACUACGAUCACAUGGAAACCAAAGAGCCCAAAGAGCGCCUGGGUUAUGUUCCUCACCUGGCUACGCACAAAGAUAUUUAAGAUAGGGAAAAAGCUGAAGAAAGUAGGCUGA